GCUGCCUGUUACCUGCAAGGCCCUUUUGUCGCUCCACCUCCCAUCCAAUGUCCAUGGCCUCCAGCAAAAUAUUCUUGCUCUUAAACCAUAGAAUAAUGCUAAUAAUGAUAUAAUACUGUGAAAUUCGGUACCGGGAUCGCCUCUCUCUCUCUCUCUCUCCCUCUCUCUUACCAUCUAUUGGCAAAUUAGCAUUCCCCACUUCCGAUAUUUUAAAUUGAUUGUUGGUUAAAAGUAGGUCCGCCUACGAUCAUCUUUGACGGCGUUUUAUUCGUUUUAAAUGGUUGAUGCCAAUGGCUUUGAAUAACUGCAAAUAUUCAAAAGCUUUAGGAAUUUUAUAUAUGAGGAUGCUUUUGAACUGGAGAUUUGGAUUUUCUGAUUGGUUUUCAAGAAUUCACAUUAGUUUAAUGAAGGGCAGGUUGCAGUUCAGGAAUCGCGAAUCCCUACUUCCAUUAAAAAUCGGAUUAUGAUGCAUUCAUUCAUUCCAAGGGGGGAUUCAAUUUGAAUAGUCCAUGUUUCUGGCGUUCAUUUUGAUUUCAUCUGAAAAACCCAUCAAGAUUUUUAGAUUGUGUGACGAAAGAGCGCCGUGCAUGUUCUAGCUGUCUUCUUCGAUUAAGUAAUCGAGUGGGGAAGAAAGAACAAUGGUUGCUGAGAGAUUAAGCCUGGAAAGGAAGAAUGUGGUGGUGGGUGUAAGAUUGGAUGCCCAUGCCGGUGAGUUGUUGGAUUGGGCAAUGGUGAAAGUAGCUGAUGCGGGAGAUACCGUGGUUGCUAUUUGCCUUUCACGAAAUUCCGUUUGUAUUUCAAAAGAGAAACCUUGGUUGGAUGGUUACUUGGAAGAGUAUGAAGGCAUAUGCAACAAGAAGCAGAUUGCUCUCAGAGCUGAAGUCUUGAAAGGAAUUUCACUCAGAAAAGUUAUGGUAAGAGAGGCAAAGAACCAUUGUGCAGCAGCUGUUGUUGUGGGGGUAAAUAAGCAUAGAGCCUUGGGGGGAUUGGCUUCAAUUGCCAAGUAUUGUGCAAAGAGGCUGCCUCCAACAACUGAAGUUAUGGCAAUUUAUAACGGCAAGGUUAUUUUCAGCAGCUGUUUCAAAAUCACAUCAGAAGGUCCUGUAUUGGAUCCAAAGCCAAGUUUCUAUGUGAAAAGUAAUCUCACAUUCAAAGACAGUUGCACCAAUUCUGAGUUUGGAGAAUCAGAAGUUAGCAGAUUUAGUUUUGAUAGAGACAUGGCUUCAAAAGAUGAUGAUGUUAUUAUGAGCCCUGUCAAGAGACACAAGAGAGGGUCUCUGAGUUCAAUCUCACUUCCUGCUGAGAAUUUCGUAAAACAGCGACCGGGUUGGCCUUUACUUCAGGCUACUAUUACAGUAACUCAACCAGUACUGGAAGCCAAAAAAUUAUCAGUAGUGCAAUGGGUCAUGACCUUACCACGGCGAUCUUUGUCAGAGAUUUCUUCCAAAUACAGGGCUGAGUAUUCCUCGGAAGGAGAAUGUCAGCAGCACAUAUCCGAGAAGAGAACAUCCGAGAAUCAUGUGAGCCAGCUAGAGAUGCCCAAGGAUCUGGAAAUCAUACUCACAAAACAUUCAGUACAAUGCAAAGUGUUCAGCCAUGAUUUUCUGAAGAUAAUCACUUCUGAGUUCUCCUCAGGUCUUUUAUCGCAAGGAAAUCUUAUUGGAAAGGGGGGAUGCACUUCAGUAUACAAGGGAAUUCUCCCAGAUGGAAAACCAGUGGCAGUGAAGGUUUUGGGAUCAUCAAAAGAAGCCUUGAUGGAUUUCAUCCGGGAGGUUGACAUAAUAACCACACUGAAGCAACACAAACGGAUUGUUCCUUUCAUUGGAAUUUGCAUGGAAUAUAAUUAUCUAAUCUCUAUGUACGAUUUCAUGUCAAAGGGCAGUUUGGAAGAGAAUAUACAUGGUAACAAAAAGGAAGCCACGCCCUUAUCAUGGGAAGCAAGAUUUCGAAUUGCAGUUGGAGUUGCUGAAGCACUAAAUUACAUACACAAUGAAUGUCUGCGGCCAAUAAUUCAUCGAGAUGUAAAGUCAUCCAAUAUUCUUCUCACUGAAGAGUUGGAGCCACUGUUAUGUGACUUUGGGCUGGCAAUAUGGGGACCUACAACUACAUCAGUGCCGUUUAUAACAGAGAGUGAUGUUGUUGGAACAUUUGGGUAUCUUGCUCCCGAGUAUUUUAUGUAUGGCAAAGUGAGUGAUAAGAUUGAUGUAUAUGCUUUUGGUGUAGUUCUGCUAGAACUGAUAUCAGGGAGGAAGCCUAUCGGUAUUGGUAUUGGAUUGGAGACUACAAAGAGGGGUUUCCAAGAAAGCUUAGUCAUGUGGGCCAAACCCAGACUAGAAAAGAGGGAUUACAAGAGCAUGCUGGAUCCGUGUUUAGAUGGAAAGAUUGAUGAGGAUCAAAUGCACAGAAUGGCACAAGCAGCAGCACUCUGCCUAACUCAAGCAGCCCGGCUUCGUCCCAACAUAUCCCAGAUACUAAAGAUCCUCCUAGGCCUCUUGAAUGGAAAUGAAAGCAGCAGCAGCAGCGUGGGUGGAGGGUCAUGGAAAGGGGGUGGAAUUGAUGAAGAUAAGGAGGGAGAGGAGAUUGAUGAUGAUGAAGUGUAUCCAGAAUCGUGUGCAACAGCAGCAGAAUCACAUAUAAGUGUUGCCUUGGUUGAUGUUGAGGACGACUGAGUCUGCCUGCAUCAUCUGGAAGCCUUGAUCAAAGCAGCAGCAGCAGCCCAUUUUCAGUUGGGAGGAGUAGUUGAAGAGGAGAAGAGCCGGUGAUACUUGCUAGUUUGUGCAGUCCAGUCCAUCCUCAUCCUCAUCCUGGAGAUUAUCAUCUAUUGUAAGGAUAUGAAUAUGAACAUGAAUGAGCUGCUUGGAGUUAGAUUUCUGGACUGGACUGGACUGGACUGAAGUGCUGGAGUAGUCAACACAACAGUCAUCCUCUUUCUUCUUGUUGCUGGCUGAAGCUGUACACUGCAGCCUUUCAGGUAGAUAACAUUAGUUAGUUACGACAAAAUUAAAGGGAGUGUUAUGGCUACCAGUACCACUGAUCUGAUGGAUGAGUAAUAGUAUUAUAUUUAUAGCAGCAAUGCAAUGAGACAAUUUGAAUGGGAGCAGGCCAGCCAGUUCUUGCGGGCUGGUUAUUAAUUUAGUUAUACUACACCUCAUUGAGAUGCAAUGCAUGCACGUGCCUGCCCUGCACUGCACCCAUUGCUUCAAUAUUCUUAUUCUAUGUAUGUAUAUGGGCUUGGCUAAUAUUUGUGCUUCAAUAAAAAA